AUUCCAUAUAUUCAGAACGUUCAGGAAAGGAAACCAUGCAGCACAUUUACAUACUGGCAAUAAUCCUGGCAUCAUUCGACAGCGUAAAACCUCAGGGAGAUUUAACUAGUCAAACAGGCUGCAUCUGUCCAGCAAUUUACGAUCCUGUAUGUGGAUAUGAUGGACAAACAUAUUCAAAUCAAUGUCGAGCUGGCUGUCAAGGUGCACUGGUAAGAUGCCAAGGUAGAUGUCCAUGUUCUAAUGACAACUGCGAAUGCCCAAACAGAUACAGACCUGUUUGUGGGCGGGACGGCGAGACCUAUCCUAACAGCUGUACUGCACGAUGCAGAGGUGCACGGGUACGAUGCCGAGGUAGAUGUCCAUGUUCUAAUGACAACUGCGCAUGCCCAAACACAUACAGACCUGUUUGUGGGCGGGACGGUGAGACCUAUCCUAACAGUUGUGCCGCUCGAUGCAGAGGUGCACGGGUACAAUGCCGAGGUAGAUGUCCAUGUUCUAAUGACAACUGCGCAUGUCCAAACAGAUACAGACCUGUUUGUGGGCGGGACGGCCAGACCUAUCCUAAUAGCUGUGCUGCACGAUGCAGAGGCACACGUGUUAGAUGCCAAGGACAAUGUCCAUGUUCUACCGACAACUGCGAAUGUCCAUACAUAUACAAUCCGGUGUGUGGACGUGAUGGACAGACUUACCCUAAUAGCUGUGUCGCUCGAUGCAGAGGUGUGCGAAUCAGGUGUCGUGAAAGUUGUCCCUGUCGUAACGACAAUUGCGCAUGCCCAAGAAUCAGAGACCCUGUGUGUGGAACUAAUGGACGGACUUAUCCUAACAGUUGUGAAGCUAAUUGCAGGGGCGUGUCGAUUAGAUGUCGGGAGGAAUGUCCAUGCAGAAACUGUCCCUGUCCAAGGAUCUAUAACCCAGUCUGUGGUAAUGAUGGAAGAACUUACUCCAACCCGUGUCUGGCGCGUUGCAAUGGUAUCUACAGGUAUCGCUUGGGAAGGUGUUAAAGAACUGGUUUCUUUCCUGCUGGAAUGCAUUGAUUUUACAGACAUCCCCAAAAUAUCCAGAUAUGUAAAACAUUCUUAUUCUAAAAUGUAUAUUUACAGUAUGAAGUACGACGUUAUUUGUAACAAAAUAAAUGAAAACAUGCUUA